CUCAAAAGUACUUAUUGUUCCGCUCUUAAAUUUAAAAUCAAAUUUAAUAAAAACUUACCCAAUAGCAAACUAAUCAGCUCACAGUACCCAUUGUUAUGAACAUUCAACAGCACACAACAAUUCACUCAUAACGCAUAUGCAAGAAAUUAACUCACACUGAACAUGGAUACGGACGCCUGAAACCAAGCAAAACUUGAAAAAAAGCUGCUUGAAAGUUGAAAUUCGCCUCGCACAACGAAAGUUAAGACCAGCCACAGCUCAGCCGCCAUGGCCAUGCGCCUAGCUAAAUGCACUCUUUUUUCCGCGCGUAUUUCAACAGUUGGUUCCAAAUUAGCCAUUGCCGAUAUUCAUGCUCUCCUCUUGACUAGAUCCUUAUCAAACAACCCAGAUGUUGUUAAGACACCUGAUGAUAAUGAAGAAUUUCAGAAAUGGUGCAAUGGGGGAGGCAAAUUUCAUAAAUCUGCUUUUAUCGACCCAACUGCUCGAAUAGAGAUUGGUGCUCUUGUUCAUUCAGAUUCUGUUAUUGGUGCAAAUGUGUCAAUCGGGUCCGGAAGCAUUAUUGGACCUGCUGUUGCAAUUGGUCAAUCCACAAGAAUGGGUUACAAUGUUGUGCUCAGUAAUUGCACAAUUGGUGAUUCUUGCAUUGUUCAUCACGGGGUCUGCAUUGGUCAAGAUGGUUUUGGAUUUUUCAUUGAUGAACAAGGGCUCAUGGUUAAGAAGCCUCAGACAUUAAAAGCAAGAAUUGGCAACCAUGUGGAAAUAGGUGCCAACACAUGUAUUGACAGGGGCAGUUGGCGAGAUACAAUAAUUGGGGAUCAUACCAAGAUUGACAAUUUGGUACAGAUAGGUCACAAUGUGGAGAUAGGGAAAAGUUGCAUGUUAUGCGGACAGGUUGGGAUUGCGGGUUCAGUAACAAUAGGUGAUUAUGUGACGUUAGGAGGCAGAGUCUCGAUUCGUGAUCAUGUCUGCAUAGCAUCAAAGGUGAGAUUAGCUGCUAACAGCUGUGUCACGAAGAGCAUCAGUGAACCAGGGGAUUAUGGAGGUUUUCCGGCUAUUCCUAUUCACGACUGGCGAAAGCAAGUCAAGAAGAUGAAGGAUUUGCUUCAGGCCUACCAAUUGGCAUUGAACAAUACAAUUGUGAAAGCAAAAAGUCACACUGUCAGUUUCAAUAGAGAGCAAGUGCCUCUCUGCAUAUUUUCUUCCUGGAAAAGUCCCAUUAAAACCGAUACUCGCCUUAUUGAAUUGCUCUUCAUGCACAACCCGACGUGCCUUUGUCUUCCAUUUGAUAAUCUUAAACCGAACAUUAGUUUUGACCCGAACCACAAACUCCAGAUCUCCACCAUUAUCAAUUCCUUUCCAAAAUUCUCGACCCGAACGAACCACAAUCUCAUACACCGUGUAAUUCUUGUAACCCUGAUAAAAACCCGGAGUCGAGUUCCUUCCCAUAAAAACCCUACUUUUCCCAUACAAUUCCAAGCUGAUGGGAUCAUAGUAAAUCCCCAUACGCUUGUUUGGAUUAAAGAUUCUUAGUUCAAAUGUUACACUGCUGUUCGGAACUCGAACCGUUGCAUUGUGGUGAGACAAGCGAUUGUCGUGAUCGGAAGCAUGUAAUCGAGCGGCCGAGAUUUCGAAAUUCGGGUUUUUUGGGGUUAGGCUAAGCCAUGCAACCACACCAGCCAAACAGAGGACAGUGAACACACAGAAGAACCAAAAGUAGAGGCCUUGUUCAGAUUUGCUAUUUUUCUUGGUAGCCAUUUUAGUAUGAGAAAUGAAACUGUUGAGAAGGAUAGUUUUGUGUACUAGGGUUGUAGAAUGUGAAGGGUUUUGUUUUAUAUGAAUGGAAGUUAGAAAGGUGACCGUGACUUUAUUAUAAUGUAAUAAUAAUGAGGUAAAUUCAACCAAAUAUAUGUGUAUUAACGAGGAUUNA